AUGGGGCAGGAAAAUAGUAAGCAGACCUUUGAAGAGUCACUUGUAGAAAGACUAAAAAACAAAGGCAUUAAAGUGGAACUACAACAAGUACAGAGGUUCUUAAAGUUUGUAGAGGAAUUGUGUCCCUGGUUUCCUGAAUAUGGGAAGCUGAAUGAGAAUUCCUGGGAGAGAGUUGGAGUUGAAAUAAAAAAAUGCUAUGAAAAACACGGGCCAGAAAAUAUUCCCGUGGAAGCCCUUGGCCUGUGGGCAUUAAUCCGGGAUAAUUUAGAUCCUAACCCUGAAAAGCAGGAGGGAUCAUUCCCUAAGGCAGAUGAGGUGGAGACACAACCCUCUGCUCCACCAGCAGAACCUGAAAACCCUUGUACAGCACCGCUUAAACAGGGUCCGGUUUCUCUUGGCCAUGACACUAAGUUUAAGGAACAAAAAUCUUGGAAUAAGACAAGGGAGGAACUGAAAAACUUGAAAAGCCUAGUAACUUCUCUUACUCAAAAAAUAGAAACUCUCCAAGUCUCUCCUCUUCCCUCUGUAGGGGUGGAACUAGACUCACCUGGGGAGGCGUCUUUUAGAAUGGAAAAGCCACCUGUAAUUGCCAUAGCACAGAAAUCCUCUGAGGCAAUGCGAACCCUCUCUGUUAAAGCUACAUCUCCUCUUCAAGCUAGCCUCCGGGAAGCUGCUAGUAAGGGGGAAGAAAUUCAAGGCUUUCAGAUGUUCCCGGUCCUGGAAGAGCAGGACCGCCAGGGUAAUAUCAUAAGAGUGCAUGUUCCCAUUCCUUUCAAACAGCUUAAGGAGUUAAAAACAGCAUGUAGUCAAUAUGGCCCAACUGCUCCUUUCACAACAGCAUUGUUAGAAAGCCUGGCUUUAGAAGUUUUGCCCCCGGGUGAUUGGAAACAAAUGGCCCGAGCAUGUCUAUCUGGAGGUGACUAUCUGCUGUGGAAAAGUGAGUUCGUGGAACAGUGUCAGGCCACAGCUGAAAUAAAUCGGGCACAACAGAUUCCUAUCACCUUUGAUAUGCUCGCUGGGGAAGGCCCAUAUCGAGAGACAGGUCAACAGUUAAACUUUGAUAUAGCGGUGUAUGCUCAGGUUCAGGCCGCUGCCAAAAGGGCUUGGAAUACGCUUCCAUCAUCAGGAAGACAAACUGAGGAUCUGUCCAAGAUAAGGCAAGGGCCUGAUGAGUUAUUUCAAGAUUUUGUUUCCAGAUUAAUGCAAACGGCUAGCAGAUUAAUUAGCGAUUCAGAAGCUGGACUUUUACUUGUAAAACAACUUGCAUAUGAAAACGCCAAUGCAGCAUGUCAGGCCGCGAUACGCCCUUUUAGAAAAAAGGGAAACAUUUCUGAUUAUAUCCGACUUUGUUCUGAUAUAGGACCAUCAUACAAUCAAGGGAUAGUCAUGGCCGCAGCAUUACAAGGAAAAACGGUUAGGGAUGUUCUGUACCAGCAAAGACACCCUAAUUCCAGACAAGGGAAAGAUACUGGACCUCCUGGAAGUUGUUUUGGGUGUGGACAGAUGGGACAUUAUAUUAGAAGUUGCCCUGGCAAGAGAAGGGGCUUCGGAUCAAAUAGAGACCCUGGGUUAUGCCCAAGAUGUAGGAGAGGGAAACACCGGGCUAGCGAAUGCACAUCAAGGGCAAACACCCAGAAGAGUCCGUUCCAGGGAAACGGACGGAGGGGCCCGCCCCAGGCCCCGACAAAAUAG